GUGAUUCGGCGGCCAAGUUCGCUGCGAGUUUGACAGAAGUUUGAAUCCGACUCGGGGGCUUUCUGCUGCCGGCGGGGCACUGCGGCGGCCGCAGCAUCGGAGAGGGCGAACAGCAGUGCCCGCGCGACCUAGCCAGGCAGCCUGUACCCCUGCCCGCCGACGGCCGCUCUCGCUCCGGCCCGGCUCGCCUGCCCUGCCCGGGGCCCGCAGCUCCCCGCCUCCCCGCGGUGUCCGCCGCCUCCUGGCCAGGGAGCCCCCACGCCGCGCCCCGCGCCCACCGCGCCAGCAUGUCCUCGACCGAGAGCACCGGCCGCACGGCGGACAAGUCGCCGCGCCAGCAGGUGGACCGCCUGCUCGUAGGGCUGCGCUGGCAGCGGCUGGAGGAGCCGCUGGGCUUCAUCAAAGUUCUCCAGUGGCUUUUUGCUAUUUUCGCCUUCGGGGCCUGCGGCUCCUACAGCGGGGAGACAGGAGCAAUGGUUCGCUGCAACAACGAAGCCAAGGACGUGAGCUCCAUCAUCGUUGCAUUCGGCUAUCCCUUCAGGUUGCACCGGAUCCAGUAUGAGAUGCCCCUGUGUGACGAAGAGUCCACCUCCAAAACCAUGCACCUCAUGGGGGACUUCUCUGCACCCGCCGAGUUCUUCGUGACCCUUGGCAUCUUUUCCUUCUUCUAUACCAUGGCUGCCCUAGUUAUCUACCUGCGCUUCCACAACCUCUACACAGAGAACAAACGCUUUCCACUGGUGGACUUCUGUGUGACUGUCUCCUUCACCUUCUUCUGGCUGGUAGCUGCAGCUGCCUGGGGCAAGGGCCUGACCGAUGUCAAGGGGGCCACACGGCCAUCCAGCCUGACAGCAGCCAUGUCUGUGUGCCAUGGAGAGGAAGCAGUGUGCAGUGGCGGGGCCACGCCCUCCAUGGGCCUGGCCAACAUCUCUGUGCUCUUUGGCUUUAUCAACUUCUUCCUAUGGGCCGGGAACUGUUGGUUUGUGUUCAAGGAGACCCCGUGGCAUGGACAGGGCCAGGGCCAGGACCAGGCCCAGGGUCCCAGCCAGGAGAGCGCAGCUGAGCAGGGAGCAGUGGAGAAGCAGUAAGCAGCCCGCUACCUGGCUACUCCCGAACUGGACAGCACCUCUUCAACCACCUCCGGCUUCCAGGACCUCCCUCUUCCUACUCCUCCAGUUCCCCUCCCCCAUCAUUCUGGUCUUUGAGCUUUGAGACGAUGGGCAGGCAUCAGCUGUUGGAAACCUGGGCAGCCCUCCCAGUGGCUUCCUGUUCUUCUUGCUGGAGCCAAGAACGGCAGGAGCUCAGUGCUUCUUGUCCAGUGCCUGGGCUCAGGGUUCUUACUUGUACUCUCACAGUCUCUGAGAAUCAGCCUCUGCUGCAGGUGAGGGGGCAGGAAAUCAGUGCCCUGAGACUGGUUCCUAGCAGCCACCUUUCUGUCAGCCUCCAGCUUCAACAGUAGUAGGGGAAAGGGAAAUCAGCUAUUAGCCUUCCCUUCUGGUCCCUUGUGUGGAGGCCCCAACAGUGGUUUCGUGACCCCUCCUCAUUGGCUGUCAUCUAGUCCCUGUGUCUGAUCUCCAGUCACCCCAGGACUCGGUGUGCCUCCCACUGUCUUCUUUGGCCUCCGCUCACCCAGAGUCCACCACGUGUGAACCAGAGGCCCACUAGCCAAGAAAACAGUCCCUUGGAGGGUCCUGAUGAGGCCUAGACUCAGCUGGGAGCAAGGUAAAUUGCAACUGAGUUUCAGCUUCAACGAAGUAAAGCAAGUAAACUUGCUGGCAUAAUCAAUUUCUUCUAUUCCCUCAAUCCUCCCACCCACCAGGCUGGGGCACUUUCCACCAACACUCUAAACUCUACUUUAGAAACUCCCUAUCUUCCUCCCUGUCCUCCUUCUUGGUCUCACACUUGGGAGUCAAAAUGUGGAGUCUAGGACCUGCCCCCAAUUCCUUUGCUUCUCUGUUUAUCUCCCUUCCCCAGCCUCUUGCAUCUGAGGCAUUUGAGAUCCUUUUUGAAGUCUGUCCAGGCCUUUCUUUUAUUCUUGUGGGGCCAGAAAGGGGCUUAGGAAGGGCCAAAGGACUAUCAUGAGGCUAAAUUGCCCCUGCACCCCAGGAUGGAUGGGCCCAUUUUUUCCUUAUUCAUUGCUCAGUUUUUUCCCCCUGCUCCUUCUCUAGUCCUUCUUUCAUAUUUCUCCUUCUUAUCUUUUAAACAAGAUGUUCCCCUUCCCCAUGCCCCUCUAUUCCUCCCCUGUGUCCUUAUUUCUCCCGGUCUCUAUCCCCUCCCCAGUCCAUGGCAGGCCGAUGCUAUUGGUGCUUCUUCACUUUGGGACCCAGAUCCAUAUUUGUCUUUAGUGUAUAUCCUCUUCCUGAUAACUCCUUCAGUCCCUCUCUGGGCCCCAAGGCUGAGAGUCAGUUAACUGGGUUAGGACCAUUUGCUUCCUGCUCAGCUCAAUCUGCCCUGGCCAUAGGGCUUCCCAGGGAAGGAAGAAGAGGGAAGAAUCCAAGCACUUUCCAAUCCAGUGCCAAUUGGCCCGCUAAGCAUCCCAAAGGUGAAUGUGCUCUGUGCCAAUCCCUCCUCAGGACUGAGUCAACCCCCUUCAACCUCCUCACCUCUCUAAACACCAUCCAUAGAAACACGUACAUUACUGGGGUACCUAGGAGUCAGGACUUUUGCCUUCAGGCCCGUCAUUUCCUCUUGAUGGGGAAAGGGUGAGAUUUACGUCCCCAAAUGCUCCAGAGUCCUUCAGUGAAAGAAUCAUUUUUGUUUGUUUGUUUAAGAUUUUGGGGAAGAUAUUCGAGGAGGAAAGAAAGGAGAUGGGGUGAGAGGGUUUCUAAGUCUGAAACUCUCUCUGUCAUGAGCUGUCCCCAUGGUUACUCAAGGACAAGGGGGGACAGUUUUGCCUACAGCUCCAGAGACACAGAGAACAAAGGGGCGACCUUCAUUUUUCUUUAAGCCAGCCUCUGUGGGGGUCUGUGAGCAGCUUCUACUGGGUCUUUGUUUGGAUUCUGUGUCUGUAUUUAUAAUUUAUUUGAAAUGUGCUGGAUAGUGUUCUCAUUUGGGGGCUGAAGUUAGCAACUGGCCCUUCAGCCAAGGAAAGUGGUUGCAAGUGGGGGUGGGGGGAGAUUAUAUUCACUCCUGCCAAGGACUCCCAGCCCAGAACUCUCUUUAAAGCAAGGAAGGCUUGUUCUCUUUCUUCUCAAGAGACUCUCUUGUUCUCUGUCAGGAGAGUCUUUUUUUUUUUUUUUUUUUAAUUCAUGUGGAAAUCCUAUGGAGAGUCUCGAUUUAGGCUAUGGCCUCACUCUCCAUGGCCACCCUAAGAGGAAAGGCUACUUCACCUCAUUACCUCCAGAGGGCUGGGUGGGGCCAAGUACCUCAUAGGACUUAUGUUCUUUCCAGCCAGGGCUGGCAUCACUGCUUUGCCCAGUGGGGCCUGAGGUAGAAGAAGGUGUCUGGUUUCUCCAGCAGCUGCAGGAGGCUAAUGGGCAAGGCACUUGCCCUUUGUCCCACCAGACUCUAACUCAGUGCCAGGGAGCCCACCGAGGACCUUUCCUGGACAUGAGUUUCCUUCCCUGUUGUGGUCAUGAGUCUCUUACUUCUGGGAUUGCAGAUCAGGGGUGGGGGGAGAAUGUUGCAUGUUGUUUUCUGGUGCUUGUUAUUAAACAUUUGAAUAAACAGUGCUGCAAGUACUUGCUAUGAAGGAUCUGA